UUAGAAUGUCAGUGUGCCGACUGACGCUUUUCUAAAUACAAUUGUUCCUUGUCGGAUAAUUUGACAUUUUCCCAGUGAUAGACAAGUUAGAAUAAAAAAUUUCCUCUGAAUUUUGGAAAAAUAGGAAAAUAACAAAUAGCUCGCGUAAAAGUCCUUUGAAUUCGUUCGAUGUGGAAGAAUUGUGAACUCCUGAAAGUUGAGUGUAAACAAAAACUUGGAGAGUCAGAUUCUUUUUCGCAUGGUGGCGAUCAUUGCGUUUGAAAACUUAACGGCUAAAAAAUAACGACAUUCGUUUUUAAGGGGGUGCGGUUUUAUACUGUAACUUGAAAGUGAAAGAAGAUAUUUUUUUUUAUCUUCUGUAAACCAGUGAUAAUAAUUAGAAGAGACUUGAAAAAAGUGUUGAUUUGAUUGUGUUUUAAAUCGCUUUUGUUUGUGAGUGUGAGUGUUUUAAAAAGAAGAGAAAGUUCCAGGAAUCCUUAGCAAAAAAAGAAGAGGAGGCAGGGAUUAUCGAAAGAAUGGACCCGUUCACUCAGCGUAUGUUGGAGAGAGCAAAAGCGAGGAGAGAAAAAUUAGAUACACAAUUAUCAAAUGCCGGACAUGAUGUCAAACGAAGGCGAAGUCCUCUCAAGGACGCUAACGCAAUUUUGGCUAAAGUUCCAGCCAUAACUCAAAAAAUAACCGCCAAGUCACCGAAAAAAGUGAUGAGCUCGAGUCCAAGUUCAAAGAGUUCCUCGCCAUCUGUUUCGCCAUUGAAAGCGAUGAGAAAAUCACCUUUGAAAAUUCCUAUUGAAACGAAGGAAAAUGGUGAGAGUUUACCCCCGAUCAGUGUUAAGUCCAAAUUACAAAGGCUCGGAAAAUUGUAUUCCGAAGACGACAGAGAAUUGAGUUCGCCGAUUCACAGGACAGAGGAAAAAUUCACAGCCAAUGAUGAUGAUGAUGAAGACAGUGUGGAAUUCAAAUCGGCAAAGAGUGGAGCACGUUUAAAUAGAUUAGCGGCGCUCGCCUCGACAAUUAACAAUUGGGAGGACGAUUUAUCACAUCCAACUUUGGUAAAGCCAACAGUUUCGAAGGCGGAGAAAAUUCAGGCUAAAUUAAACCAACAGGUGAAAAAUGCCGAACCACAACCGGGAACGAGUGGAACACAAAAAAAUACAACUCGACAGUUAAAAUGGGACAAAGUCGUUUUGGAUUCUUUGGAGGCACAAGGUUUUAGUCGCACUAAAAGAAAUUCUCGCCUCGUCUAUGACUAUAAGGAUUGUUCUCAGGGGGCGAAAAAUAAUGGCCAGGGUGGAAAUAAUUCGCCGAGGAAACGCAAUGAGGCACUGCCGGAAGUCAUUGGCACAAUGGAGAAGCAGGACGUUCGUGUCAACACAUCAAGAAUGAAUAGCAGUUCAAAAUUUAGUACAACAAGUUCAGUGGCAAGUAGCGUUGGCAGUCCAUCGGGUUCAUCGCGUUUCAAUGAGAAUAAAGUGAGAACAACGCCCGAGAAGAAAAUCACUCCUGCUCAUCAAACAUCAAAUGUUGGUAACAACUGUAAUAAUACACGUGGAAUAUCAAAGUAUGAUUAUAGCGGAUCUCCUAAGAGUUCCAUAAAACAGUCACCAGGUUCCGUGCUCAGCAAGGCGUCCAUGUUCGAGUCAAGGACGAACAGUAAUUUCGUCAAGGCCAAGGAUCCCGCCGAGAUGUCAUUGUCCGAGAGGAAGGCGCUCUUCGAACGCAACAAGGGCGAGGCGCUUAUUCCCAAGGCGCCUCUCACCAUGUCCGUGCCAACCAAGAAAUUGAUGGAGAAGGAGAAACAUACAGCUGAUUCGUGUCAAAAAACAGAGACGAGCGUGAAGAAAGUUUCGAAUCAGCGCAAUGUUUAUGAGCAAGGAGUGACACAGGAAUUGGAGAAUAAUAUUCUUCAGAGUAUACAGAGCGAGCGACAGAAGGAAUUGGAAAUGCUGAGAUCGCGUUUCACGAGAAGCAAAGAAGUGCCGACGGUUGCAGUUGGUUGCGCUCUCAGAACCAGCGAGAGUAGCGAGGGAAAAUCAAAUUCCCCGAAAAAUUCUCCAAUUUGCCCCGUUAAACCAACACCAGCACCGCAAGAUUUUGUUCCACCUCCGCCGCCUUUGCCGAAAAAUUCCGAUCGACGCUCGUCACCAUUGAAAAAUUCACCAUUCAAACGACAAGUUGUCAGAGGUUCGGUGCAAUCGAAUCAACCGCGAAUCGUUGACGAUAUUAAACGUGUAAAAGUUUGUGCGCCGAAGCCGGGAAAUCUUUAUCCCGAUCUCACCGGCAUUGAGGAAAGUACAACAGAUUCGGAGACGGAAUUCACCGUUGGCAGCACAGAGCCAGAGACUGCGACUCUUGAGGAGCCAACGGAAACGGAAACUGAGGCCGAUUAUUAUGUCGAGGAUGAAACGGAAGACGACAGCGAUGACGAUGAGGAAUGUGAAGAUAUCUAUAAUACGAGUUUAGGAAGAAGUAUAUUGGACGUUGUUAAUCAACAGUCGGCUUUGAAUAAAAAGAGAACAAUUUAUCCAGAUAUGGACAGUUCCACGUCUGAUAUUUCAGUUCUAGAAGAAAUGGACGAAUAUUUAGACGAGUGUCUUGCCCUUCAAGGCAAUCAGGAGGGACCAACGCCCCCGAAAUUGAAUCGAGGAGGUAAAAGUCCAUCCGCCACAUCCACGAGUUUUAAAUACACUCAAGGAAACACUUAUCGUUCACCGAUAAAAAUAAAUUCGCCAUCAAUGGCGCAACAGAAGAAGGAACCGUACAUUGUUGAGGGUGAAAAUUGCGUUCCCCUAAUGCACAGUGUGAGUUUCUAUCGUCGUCAACAGUCACAAACGCCAAAGACGCCAGUUCGUUUAAUUUCCCGUAUUCCCGAUGGGAAUGAUUCGCCGGGAAGUCCGCCCAUCGAUGAUAAACAAGAGGCACUUCUCGUUCAGGAGAAAGUUAAACGAUUGUUGGAGGAGGUUUGCAAGCAGCAGACCACCAUUGGCCAGGCAAGUCAGGCACUCAAUUUGUGCAAUUCAACUGUUGAAUUCAGUGGAUCACGGGAGCAGGUCGAAGGCGAGAGACUUCUUCUUCUAGCAACGCAUCGAAGGCAAGCGGCGCUUCAUGAAAUUCAACGACUUAAAGUCGAGGGAACAUUGCGACCAGUUGUUCCGGGAGCUCCGGAAAUACAGGAAAAUGGAUCGCUCACUGUCUCGGCAAUCACUUUGCCAAUUAAGCGAGAAAAUGUUCGCAAUCUAGAUGCAGAUACGCGUCUUCAUUUCUUGUGCCUUGUGCGUCACAUGGAGAAUAUUGUUUCAACGCCUGUAAUUCAAGUGGAGCCGGGCGAUUCUUGCAUUCGUUUCCCCUCAACAUUGAAAAUUGAGGAUCUCUACAGUGACUUCAAAAUUACCAUUGAAGUUUAUUCACUUCAAACUCGUGCUGAAGUUCUACCACAUGAAAUUAAAUAUCACAUUCACAACAAUUCCUCGUCCUCUGGAUCUAAAAAGCCCGGCGGCAAAACGCCGAAGAAAUAUUUAAAACAUGAGAGUAAAUUAAUAAUGCCAGCGGUACAGAGUCCCGCUGGUCCAUCGGCUGUUCGUUCGCCCGCAUUUUCUCUCGCUGGUUAUGUCGUCUUCAGUCUCCGUGAAGUUCAUCGACAACAAUUCACUCUAAACAAGGUUCCGUCGAACUCGCCAUUGGAGGGAAAAUUACAAAUGCACGUUUCGUGCGAAUUGUCGGUUGCAAUUGAGCAUCGGGGCUUCUUGACAAUGUUCGAGGACGUCUCGGGCUUCGGCGCUUGGCAUCGUCGCUGGUGUUUGCUGAAGGGCGACACGAUCUCCUACUGGAAGUAUCCCGACGAUGAGAGGAAGAAGACACCGAUCGGCAGUCUCGAUUUGCAGGGAAUUGCCACGACAAGUGUUGGUUUGGUCUCGAGGGACAUUUGCGCUCGGCCAAAUACAUUUUUACUCGAAACAAUGAGACGCGCACAGUCCGGCGAUGUCGACAGUCUCAUUAUGGUGCGAAAUGGAUCGAACACCACUGUCAGACACUUGCUGUCGGCGGACACAAAAGAAGAUCGACUCGAAUGGUGCGCAAAAUUAAAUAAAACAAUUAAUUUAAUUCGCGCCUGGGGCGGAUCAACACCUCUAUCAUGAAUCUCACAAUUCGUCUAGAGUUUAAUUUUGUCCUAUCAAUUUUUUUUUUCAUUUGCUCCUUUCUUUUUAAAUAAGAAACGAACAUUUGUUUAUAAAAAUAAGUAAUCAUCGAUUUUAAAAAUCUGAUCUAAAAAAUUAAGUGUCUUUUAGUUUUCUUUUUUUUUCUUCGGAGGUAAAAAUUAAAUUUUCUACCUCUCACUAUACGCAUUUAUAUACUGGAGCUUUCAUAGUUUUUUGUAUUUAAUUGUUUAAGAGAAAAUGGAAAGAUCGAACCGAAUCCAACCUCAUGAUUUUUUUUCUGGUUUUUUAUUUAAAAAAAUAACACAAAGCAAAAGAAAAUCUAUAAAGAAUUACAAAAAAGACGAAAAUAAUGGAUUAUAAGACGAAAAUAAAGACUAAAGGAAGAAUUA